AUGACUAGUCUACGACGGGGUACCGAAGAUAAGGAAAAGGCUAUGUUGCAAGCUUUCCCGUUCUCAUUGUUAGACCAAGCUGAUUCAUGGAUGUAUUAUCUUCCUUAUGUAAGUAUUACAACUUGGCAUGACAUGAAGAAACUAUUUUUAGAUAAGUAUUUUCCUGCUUCCAAAGCUACAUCAAUCCGAAAGGAAAUCGGUGGGUUAAUUCCAGAACAGAGGUGUUUGAUUGAUGCAGCAUCAGGUGGUGCACUUAGUGAAAAGACGUUAUCACAAGCAACCGGUCUGAUUGAGAGUAUGGCUUCAAAAGCGCAACCAUGUUAUACCAGAAACGACUCAAAUAUCAGAAAAGUUAAUGAGAUUGGAGGGUCUUCACAAACUGAAGAACGGUUGAAUAGUAUGGAGAAGAUGAUGCAUCGUAUAACAUCUACAGUCAUUCCUAAAUAUGAGGAACACAUGGUAGAGGUAAAUGUUGUGUUUCCUAAUCAGAGACAAAGUUUAGAGGAGAUGAUGAAGGUUAUGAUGCAAGAACAAAAGGAAAUAUCUAAGAAUUUUCAACAAAACCUACAAUAUCAACAUAAUACCGAUUCUGCCAUUAAGGAUCUACAGAUUCAGAUGGGGCAGAUGGCAACCGAUAUGAAUUCAAUGGAGGCUCAGUUAUUUCUGAAACUUACUUCACAAUCAUUUGUUAAUCCUAAAGAGCAGGUUAAUGUAGUGUUGUUGAGAAGUGGGAAACAGCUAGAGCCUAAUCAGCAGAAUCGGGUAAGUGAUGAUUUAGACCAGACUUCGCAUCUGGGAUCGGUCCCAGAACCGAUUACGGAUUCGAAUUUGGAUAGAAAAAAGAGGUGCAAACAGAACCUAAGGAAAAACCACUUUCAAGUUUCAACUGACCAACCUAAGGUUUCGGUUCCAACACAUGUUACACCACCUCAUUUUCCUAGUCGUUCUUCCAAGUCUAAAAAGCAAGCUCAAGAUAAAGAGAUAAUGGAGAUCUUCAGCAAGUUGCAAAUCAAUAUUCCAUUUAUUGAGGCCAUCAGAACUGUACCUAGGAGGGCCAAAUUUCUGAAGGAUUUGUGUACAAAAAAUGACAGGUUGAUUGUUAACGAGGUUGCUCAGGUACACGAAAGUGCUUCUGCUAUGUUACUAAAGAAGAUGUCUGCAAAGUGCAAAGACCCUGGGGGUUUCACGGUACCAAUUACUUUUGGUAAUAAGAGGAGACAUGGAUAG